AUGACAACACCAUUAAAUCUUUAUUUAUGUCAAGAAGAUUCACCAAAUUUUCGAAAAGAAUUAAUAGAUUGUGAGUUUUCAAUUUUUGGUUUAGAAAAUACCAUAAAAAAUUUAGUUAAAUUAUCUAAAUCUAGUGUUGAAAUUGCUCAAGAAUAUACAGUGAAACAACUUCAAUUUGCUGAAGAACUUGGGGUAUUUGCAAAACAACAGCCUGAAUCAAUUAUAAAAACUGUAUUAACAAAAUAUGUAUCAUCACUUCAAGAAGUUGAAAGAAGUCGUAAAAUACUUCAUUCGCACGUAUUUAAUAUGUUCAUAGAACCAUUGGAAGCAUUUGCCAAAAAUGAAAUAUUACCAUUAAAGGUAUCUAUCGAAGUAUCGGAAGCCCGAAGAGAAUUCCAUAAUCGAUAUCUUGAUUAUGCAUCAAAAAUGAAUCAAUUAGAAGCAAAGAAGAAAUUUGAAUUUAUGGAAUAUAUAUUGGCUUUAAUGUUUACUGAAUCAUCAUUUUAUCAUCAAAGUUAUGAAAUUAUGAAAGAUUUGGAACCACAUAUGAAAGAUGCAAGAGAUAAAUAUAAUAAUGAUAUUAAAGAAUCAUAUCAACUAAAAAAGAAAAUUCAGGAGUCAGCUCAAGAAACAUAUAAUCCACUAAGAUCAGCCAAAGUUGGUAAAGAAUAUAAUACACAAUCAGGUAUAAAUUCAAUAGGGAUUAAAAAAUCGGGCUAUUUGUUCAUGAAAGGAAAUCAAAGAGUUAUGCAAUCAUGGACUCGUAAAUAUUUUAUUAUUUCCGGUGAACAAUUAAAUUAUUAUUGUAAAGCUGGAAAGGUUUCAAAGGAUGAAGAAGAUUCUUCUUCUAUUAAUUUAAGAGUUUGUCAUAUAAAAUUAAUAAAUAAUUCAGAUAGACGCUUUUGUUUUGAAAUAAUAUCUCCAAUGAGAACAUAUGUUUUACAAGCAGAAAAUCAAGUAGAUUUAGAAGAUUGGAUAUAUUGUUUACAAACUGCAGCAAAAGAAGCAUUAUAUUCAGAGAAAUUACUUGAAUCUAAAUCUGGUAAUGCAAAUAAUUCACAGUCAAAUAUUGAUAAUCAUAAUAAUAGAAAUAGUCCAACUUCACAAAUGAAUGAAGAUCAAUUACAAAAUGCUUCAAUUAUACAAAUUAAACAAUUACCGGGUAAUGAGCUUUGUGCGGAUUAUCCACAAUGGGCAAGUACUAAUUUUAGUACAUUAUUAUGUAUCGAAUGUUCUGGUAUUCAUCGUAGUCUCGGUGUUCACGUAAGCAAAGUUAAAUCAUUGAUGCUUGAUAAAUGGGAACCGGAAUCCAUUGAAGUUAUGUUAAGAUUAGGUAACGCAAAAGCUAAUCAGAUAUAUGAAGCAAAACUUGAUAAUGAAAAAAUAUUAUUAACUACUAAUCGGGAAAGAAUUGAUCGAGAGAAAUUCAUUACAGAUAAAUAUGUAAAUAAAAAAUAUAUUGAUAAAAUUAAUGAUGAUAAAAAUUCAUUUUGGGAAGCAAUGGAUAAUUCAAAUCUUCAUGAUGCUUUAAAGUAUUUAUCAUUGGGUGCUCAUGUGGAUUGGAAAAAUGAUUUAAAUAAUGGUACAACUGCAUUACAUCAGGCAAUACGUAGAAGUGAUGACGUGGCUGUGGAGUUUUUAUUACUUUGGUCUAGUGAUAUUGAUGUUAUUGAUGAUAAUGGUUGGAGUGUUGAUGUUGCUCUGGAAUUACAAAAAGUUGAAGCAGUUACGGCUUUGAGAUUAUAUUUAUUUGAAAAUCAACUUACAAGAUCUGAAUAUUCAACAUUUGGUGUGGAUGAAGCUUUAAUUACUACUACUUCUUUAAGUAAAAAACCAAACAUAAAGUGA